AUGACUGCUAGACGCUCUUUAUACGGCCAGUCACUUAUCAGAAAUGCCAGCAAUAUCUCGUUUGGUACCCCAACUGCUGAACCCAUAGAACAUUAUUUCCAACCCACAUUAAUCAACCCAUCCAAACCCGCAGAUGAAGAGGAAGACAAGAAUGCCCUUGCCAAUGGACAUUCAAUCCACGGGUCAAAUGUGAGCUUGUCUUCUAUGAAUGGUAAGCCAGAAACUAUCAAUAACUCUCCAAAAUAUAGCUUCAAGGUGCUCUCCUGGGUCCCUCACUCAAAACCUUAUAGUGUUUCGGAUUGUGACGAGGACGAUAUUUUGGACAUUAAACAAAUUAUCACCGACAAGGAAGCUGAAGAUACUGCUAUUGAUGCUGCAUUAGCCAACAAAAAUGACAGUAACGCCUUGUCUGCUGCUGACAUCAGAGGUGCAGUUGGGGUUGAAGAAGGUAUUUCAGGCCUCAGUGCGAGCACCGACAAUGCAACAAGGGCAAAGGAACAGCAAAAUAAUACUGAGGAAAGUACUGCUCCGACGGAAGUCUCCAGUGCUUCAGAGCCUAUCGUGCAAGAUGAGGUAUCAAAUAAUCCUGCAGGAUCGGAAGUGGAUGGGACAGAAAAGAAGGAACCAGAACUUCAAGAAUCAGAGGUGAAGAAGGUUGAAGAGCCUACAAAGGAUAUUCAACCUGGUGAUGUACAGAUUAAUACGUAG